CUGAAAAAGUUUCUGUCUCACACCCAGAAUUUUCUCAGAAUUCCACAUUUUCUGAAUCUUCUCCAGACAAUUCACAUAUAAUCCCAUUCCUUUCAAGCAUUAUCUCCCUACAAUCCCAUCCACCCUUUACGAUAUUUUAAAUUUCGGUUUAUUCAGACCCAGAUUUUGCUCUGAUUUACCCUUUCGGGAUUUUUUUUCUUCUGUUUUCGUUUUUUCUGUGACUGGAAGGUUUUUUUCGAGUUUUGAGAUCAUGGGUCAGAGUGCUGGUUCAAUGGGUGGGCGUCAAUCCAAAGAUGAGUUACUGUACCAACAUGUAGCUACCGGAAAUAUAGAGGCUAUCAAAGCUCUUUGCAGAGAAGGUGCUAGCCUUGAGUGGUUUGACAGUGAAGCAAAAACCCCUCUUAUCGUGGCCUGCAUGGAUUCAAACCUAAUUAUGGUUGCCCAAACUCUGAUUGACCUGGGUGCAAAUGUCAAUGCUUAUCGGCCUGGGCGUGAAGCAGGUACUCCCUUACAUCAUGCAGCUAAAAGAGGCCUGGACCAGACUGUUAAGUUACUUCUCUCUAAAGGAGCAAAUGCUUUAGUGAGGAAUGAUGAUGGUCAAACGUCACUUGAUGUUGCUAGAAUAAAUGGCUACAUCAAUGUUGUCCGGACAAUUGAGAAUCAUAUUUGCCUUUUCUCUGGUUGGUUGCGGGAGUUGCAUGGUCCAGGCUUUCUCAAAGCAUUAGCUCCUCAGUUGUUGUCAAGAAAAAUUUGGGUUGUUAUUAUACCUUCUGGUUUCAAUAAUCCAUCAAAACCUCUCAGACUGGAGCUUGUCAUGUAUUCUAAUUUUCAGGAUGCCCAGCCUUGUACAGUUAUUGCUCUUGGGAAUGUCAACAUUGAGGAACCAAAAUUCCACCAAUCAGAUCCAGCGCUGAUAAUUUUUGACAAGUCCAACAAGACUCGAUACAAGCUAGCAUCUGCCAAUGAGGGUGACAAGCAGCAACUUCGGUGGUUAUACAAUGCUUGCAGAGGAAUUCCUCAGGUUUUGCCUACUCCAAUGCUUCAUGAUGCCCGACCUUCAGUUCCAGCAAGUCAAACGGCUACAGAAGCUGCAGAACUGGCAAUGGCUGUGGGUGCCUCCAUUCAGUCUGCUGCAGUGGAUCAACCAGUGCUCCUUUCAAAUACCCGCCCGGGUUCAAAAGCAAGUAGCACAAAUGGUUGGGGAAACCCAGUGGAUAAUGCUAGUCAUGGUGGAUGGAGCCUUGAUGGUACACCUACACAUUCGGCUUCAAGUAGCAGUGGAUGGGCAGAUGAAUCAAAAUGGGGAGAAUUCAAUGGGUUGGGUGUGCCUGAAUCUAGGCUAAUUCGCAAUCAAACUCAACUUAACAAAACCCAGAAUAACAUUCCCCAAGUUGUCCAAACAAGCAACACAAAUCCUGUAUUGGCUUCUCCAGCUCCAUCUGCUCCACCUAUUCCUGAGGCUUUAACUGAAGGCCCGGUGUACUAUCCACCAAUUGAUUUGAGCCCAGUGGACUUGUCUGUUCCAGCUGCAGAAUAUGAUGCUGCAGGGACGAGUAAAACAAAGGAUAAAGGUGAUUCUUCCUCAUGCGUGAUCUGUUGGGAAGCCCCAAUCGAAGGUGCAUGCAUUCCCUGUGGUCAUAUGGCUGGGUGCAUGACUUGUUUGAAUGAGAUCAAAGCCAAGAAAGGGGUUUGCCCUGUUUGCCGAGCAAAGAUACAGCAGGUUUUAAAGCUUUAUGCUGUUUGAUGCACAAACUGGAUAUAACACAGUUGGAAUUGGUAAUUUUGGUUGUGAUAUAUUCGUGUAAAUUCUACUUUGUAAUUGACGAGCUUGUGCUAUAGAUUCUAUGGAUUUGUGAGAGAGCAUUGAGCGUACACAUAGCAAGUUGGCAUCUUAGUGAGUGUACAGUAUGACAAAUGUGGCAACUACUCAAGAUCCCAUUGACAGAAUUCUGCUUGCCAUUUUAAAAUGUUUUUGAGCAUCACAUGAAGAGUCUCAGUUAGACAACAUACAAUCUGCAGCCCUCAGGAGUCAGGAAACCUUCACAUGUGGUAUGUAAUCUGUUACUUGGAGUGGAAACAGUUGAAUGAACCAUCCUAAACCCUGAACAUAUUUGGCUGUAAAUCCUGUAAUCUGCCUUUUCUAUUUUUUCCUGAACCCCUUUCAGUUAUAGAAUGUUGAUUCGAGUGGAUGCUAUUUGGGUAAAAGAAUUAUGGUUUCAGUUCU